ACACACACACACACACACACACACACACACACACACACACACACACACACACACACACACACACACGCACGCGCGCGCACACACACACACACACACACACACACACUGCCACUGGACCUCAUGCAGCGUCAGACCGUUUGUGAUCAGACAGAGCCAGUUGGACCAAAGGGAUAUGAGCGGGAAACUUCAGAAGCUGCUCAUGUUUCUGGAUCAGAAAGGAUUUGUAUAACACAUUCAUAUCUGACGGACUUUCCCAUGUUCACUCUGGACAGGCGGUUUUUUGUUGAAUCUCUCAUGAGCAGGCUCCUUUUUUCAGCCAUGCUCCUGGCUCUAGUUUCCAGUAGUCUGGUAGGGAUGCUGUGCAGACCCGAGCUUAUGGAGAACCGCUGACUCGGAACCAGGAACCAGGAACCAGGGUGCUGAAAUGGAAGAUAUAGUUUUGAUUCUAUUAUUGCUCAGUAAGACACUUUUAGCUGGAGCUCAGUUCAAUGGAUACAACUGUGACACCAACUUUCACAGCCGAUUUCCUGCUGAGAGGGACAUCAGUGUGUACUGUGGGGUUCAGACCAUCACAGUCAAAGUCAACUUUUGCCCAGUCCUCUUUUCCGGCUACACGGACGCUGACUUGGCGCUUAACGGUCGCCAUGGUGACACACACUGUCGAGGAUUUAUCAAUAACAACACCUUUCCUACUGUGGUCAUCUUUAGCAUCAGUCUAGCGACGCUGGAGUCGUGUGGAAAUGUGUUGCUGGUGUCCACCGCUCAGGGACCCAACGCCUAUGGGAACCUGUCUUUGGUUCAGGUUGGAAACAUAUCUGGCUACAUCGACACGCCCGACCCCCCCACCAUCAUCAGCUACCUGCCAGGUCUCCUGUACAGAUACAGCUGCAGCUACCCGCUGGAAUACCUGGUCAACAACACACAGCUGGCCUCAUCCGCAGCAGCCAUCUCAGUGAAGGAAAGCAACGGUACCUUCAUCAGCACCUUGAAUCUGCUGCUUUAUAACGAUUCGUCCUACAGCCAGCAGCUGUCCAUCCCCAUGGCUGGACUGACUCUGAAGACUCGGGUGUUUGCUGCUGUAAAAGCCUCCAACCUGGAUAGGAGAUGGAACGUUAUGAUGGACUACUGCUACACAACACCGUCUGGAAACCCAAAUGAUGAGCUUCGCUAUGACCUUUUCUUUAGCUGUGAAAAAGAUCCCCAGACCACCAUCUUUGAAAACGGGAAGAGCCAAAUGGGUCGCUUUGCCUUUGAAGUAUUUCGUUUUGUGAAGCACAAGAACCAGAAGAUGUCCACCGUCUUCCUGCACUGUGUCACUAAGCUGUGCCGAGCAGACGACUGUCCAGUGCUCACUCCUAUCUGCAGCAACAGGAAAAAGCGGGAGACCCCUGAGGGAAGGGAAUCGAGUAGUUUGUCUGGGAAUGCUGUCCUGACGGCCGGUCCCAUCAUCACCCGGAGCGAUGAAACAGCAGCCAACAAUUCUCAGCUGGCACAUAUGAAGGCCUCGGAGUUUCAGAUGAACACAACAACAAGCUUGCUCAUCUCAGGAGUCAUCGUUCUGGGAGUCAUAAGCAUCUGUUUCUUUAUCUUCUCACUCACACUCCACAAAUGCAAGAGUUCUCCUGUCAGCAGCAGGUCUGGAGUUCACAACCCAGUGUUUGACUGAACAUGAGUCCCAGCAGACACUCAGGCUCUCCUCAUGGCAAUGGAGAUGUGAUUUUUGUGCUUGUAGUGAUGUGACAGGAGAACACAGGUGUUGCAUUAGAAACCCUGCAGGAACAACGUGCUAUAGAGUAGAGAUGACUUCUGUGUUUUAUGUAUCAACAAUGUUCAGAGGAAAUAAAAGAAAUCUGACUUUUGUCAUUAAUGUCCAUUUACAAGAUAGGGCUGGCCACACCUGUGCUUAAAAGGAUGUUCUACAGAGGCUGUCUGUGACAACAUCAGUAUGAAACAUCAAUGAUCUCACCUCAGUUAAACACGGCCCAUUUCUACCAGCAUUCAGCGCAGCUCAACUCGGUUCAGCCCGGUUACAAGACUUUAAUCAGUGAAUUUGUGGUUGCUGCUCCCUGCUUGUGGCUCCAAGAGUAUCGAACCAAAGCUGAAAACACACCGUCAGAGACUGUAAGUCACUGAUUUGCUUGUGGGCGGAGUCACUGGCUUCUCCGGAGUUUUCCAGCAGUCUUUACUGGAUCUCUCCUUUUAGAAUUAUGGUGUCAGAUGGGCGCCAAAACCCGUGCACGCGUAUUGUCCACCUCGCGCGUGCGAACGGGACUCACGCGUGGAAGUUAGAACCUCUCGAGUGAAAAUAUACUUGGCGAGGAGU